AUGGUGGAUAUCGUUCCAGUUGCUGAAUUUGCUCUCCAGAGAAGCAAGUCGCUUUGCCAGGCUCUUGAGCACCUUGAAUCCCCAAAACAAGCCAUCCGUGAGCUAAGAUAUGAACUUGAAUCCUUAAAUCAAGCCCUUGAAGCUUGUUGUCGAGUAUUGGUGGACAACGAAGUACAGCUGAUUGAAUUAACGCUGCCAUUAUUUCGUUGUGGAACCGCAUGCAUGCGUUUUGAAUUUGAAAUCAACAGGCUUGUUCCAAAGUCAGAGAGCCAAAGGCGCAGUUUUCGUGAUUGGGCCAGAUUACAAUAUUUACAAGGGGAUUUUGUCGACUUUAGACACACCUUGGCAGGCUACAAGGUGACAAUAAACACAGCUAUAGCAUAUGCAAAUUUGCGCCAAACUGCUGGUACAGCACAUACUCUGAAGGAGUAUAAACAGUAUAUUUCUGAAGCAAACUCUUACCUUGAAGACCAGCUACAACGAAUUGAGGACAAACUACAAGCCCUUAAUCAGGAAAGACAAUCUUCUCGAGAACCGGAAAGUAAUACGUUAACGGAAACCAAAGAAGAAAAACAAAGCAUCAAACAGUGUCUAAACAGGUGUGCUCAAGUCUCCGAAAUUGUUCAAACAUUUGAAAUCCCACAGCGCCAGAAACCUGAUCGUGGAGAAUUACCCCCGAGCCUUACUCCAGUCGAGAAAGAAAUUCAGGAUAUCUUCACAAGAUUAAGCGCGCUAAGACAGCGGCUCAUUGAACUACACGCCCCAUUAAAAGUCUCUGGAGAAAAUCACGAAUUAGGCAAAGAAAGGAUAGGCUCAGACCUUGGGAGGGAGGAACAUGACCGUAUUCUUCAAUGUCUGCGUGUCUGUAAAGAUGCAUCUCAGCUGGCAGACAACUCCUGUCCACGUAUAUCUGAGGGUUACACCUCUGCUGAUCCCUCCCACUCGAUGGUGGUGACAACACUGGGGGAUCUAAUGCGAGCAAGGAAAAUGUCACCCGAAGCUAACCCAACGGAAUUGUUUGGACAAAUGUCUAAUAAGUCGCUUCAGAUGUUUUUGAGCGACAGUGAGAGAGCAGUUGUUCCAAACGAAGAACAGCUGAAAACAUGGAAACAAUGGGCGGAGCUAGAGCAUCCAGGCACUCCGAUAGGCAUGGGGGACUUGGAAGACGCAAAUGUUGGCCGGGAACGACUGAAAGAUACUGAAAAACUGGCAGACAGAUCUGGUACACAUAUAGUCAAGGACACUACUUCUCCUCGGGAUGAGGAUGACGAUCCCUCUAGCACAACUAGCAUGACUAACCCAGCAUCUACAUACAUGGGCAGUGGUCUACUAGGUGAAACAGAACAGUUGAGCAUGCAAAGGGUGGAUGGUUGUCAACGUGUGCUAGGGUCUCAAGCUUCGAUGUCCGAUGCAUCGUCAAUGCCCCAAAGCCAAGAAGUGUUAACUCAACCAGAAGAAUCUAGUUUUGCUGCUACAACUCUACUAGGCAUACAAGAACAACAAAUGCUUGAGCCUAAGCCGUCGUCUUCGCUGGAUCGAACAACUUUGAAUACUUUCGAACAUGAGGACUGCAUCUCUGUUGUAUCUGACGAUAAUGACAUCGCCUCUAAGACCGCAACGAUGAGAUCAAAGCUAGAAAUCCUCGCUGUUAGGCACAUUGCAUCGUUCUUAUACGAGCUGAAAGAGUUACGCCCACUGCACGAACAAGCCCUGAAGAAACUUGGGCCGAAACGUUUCCAAGAGAAUUAUCGACGAAUCCUCAAAUUCUACGUUCUGAAGCUGCGCAAUGAAGCCCGAACUGCCAUGCAAAAUGAUAUAAUUCGGGUCUUGAAAUCUCGAUUGAACCGUAUUAACCUGGCCCGGCAGAUAAUAGAUCUUAUUCAGGAGGACAAAGACGAUAGCACCAAACCGUUGGAUAAGAUAAGUUCACAACCGGUUGAAAAACAGUCACUUGAAGACUGGAUAAGAAAUACACAUGGGAUACCUGUAAUAGAUACUGUGGUUAUCUCCAAGUUUGAAGGUUAUGAACAAUCCAGCGACGGAAGUGGCAGCGAAGAUACUGAAGACGAGUACCGCGCCGAGGAGUUACCGCUUCCUAACAUCACUCAUGCUGACAGGUUCUUGCAUACAGCCAUCCCAUUCCAGACACUACUUCUCGAACUAAACCUACUAGUCUUGCCGGCAUCAUUAAGGGAGGUGGUAGAGUCAACCCCAAAACAUUUAAUUCAUAUUUCGCCCGGGAAUGACACGUCUUUAAUGAAUAUGGCGAAGGGAUUUAUUGAAGAUCACACCGCCUUCGAGUGGGAUUGGUGGCCUCUGAUGCCUCGAGUGCCUGACGUAUCGCCUGGUAGAUUGCGUCUUCAGUGGAGAGUGAGCAAUCCCUUGGAUGUGAUUAUGCCAUUUUCAGCAUUCUGA